UGGCGCAAUGAACCGCACGCGCUCCUUCUCAUUCUACCCAUGAUGCCCCGCGCGCGUCUGCUUGGAUCGAGCCGCCAUGUUGUCGGUGUGAAAGCUAGGGAGCUGCUGCGAACCGGGGCUGAAAUCCGUCACCAUCCGCAUCCUCCACCUUCUCUGGUGGAAUGAGCGUAGCGUGUGUGUUGAAGAGGAAAGCUGUGCUCUGGCAGGAUUCGUUCAGCCCCCACCUGAGACUGCCUCCCCCUGACAGGCCAUUACCCAGCAUGCCUGUGGUGCUGAGUGCUGCGGGCCACACCCCCCAACCUGGCCCUUCUCCUCAGGCCCCUCCCCCUACGCAGGGAGCGGGACGCUCUCAAGAUGACGCCAUGGUGGAUUACUUCUUCCAACGGCAACAUGGCGACCAGCCCGGCUACAACAAUUGCAAACACCGCUGGCCGACUGGUGACAACAUUCAUGCAGACAACCAGGUACGAUCGAUGGAUGAGCUUAACCAUGACUUCCAGGCACUUGCGCUGGAGGGCCGAGCAAUGGGAGAGCAGCUCCUUACUGGGAAGAAGUUUUGGGAAACUGAUGAUUCAGGGAAAGAUGGACCAAAAGGGAUCUUUCUGGACCAGUGGAGAGACAGCGCUUGGGGAGCCUCUGAUCACUCAGUGUCCCAGCCAAUCAUGGUGCAGCGCCGACCAGGCCAGGGCUUCCAUGGCGUCGGAGAGGCUGGAUCUGUGCUGUCGCCACGUUCUGAGAGCGGUGGAUUAGGUGUCUCCAUGGUGGAGUACGUUCUUAGCUCCUCUCCUGCUGAGAAAAUGGACUCGUGUCUGCGCAAAGGAGCCUUUGGUCCAAGAGAUUCAGAGGCAGAUGACCCUGAGAAAAGGGUAGAGCAAAAACCCAAAACAACCUUUGACCCUGAGCGGAAGGAGCUUAAGGAGACAGAGCCAGAUGUUUUGGAUAACCCCAAUGGACUACCCAAUCAGAAUGGACUUGAUGUUGACGUUAAGGAUUUUAGCCGUACUCCUGGCAACUGCCCUCCGACUGGUCCAGAGGUGGAGUUGGGUGGACCAGAACUGGCUGGAGGUGCAGGGCCAAAACCAGCAGAGGAGUUCUCAAAUGUUGAAACCCAAAAUGUGACCCUGGACCCCAUGGAAUCUGUUUCCAUGGAGACUUUACAGUUUGCAGAUUACACUGGAGGCCAGCUGCCUCUUGACUCCACAGCUGCCACUGUCGGCCUGUUUGAUUACAACUCUCCUCAGCAGCUGUUUCAGAGGCCCAGCGCUCUGGCAGUGCAGCAGCUCACCGCAGCCCAGCAGCAGCAGUAUGCUCUUGCCGCCGCUCAACAACCACACAUUGGUUUGGCUCCAGCUGCAUUUGUACCGAAUCCGUACAUCAUCAGCGCUGCUCCACCCGGCACUGAUCCAUAUGCUGCCGGCCUCGCUGCUGCUGCCACUUUAGGUCCAGCGGUGAUGCCCCCUCAGUACUAUGGUGUGACUCCAUGGGGCGUGUAUCCUGCCAACCUAUUCCAGCAGCAGGCUGCCACCCCCUCCAACUCGGCCAACCAGCAGCCUGCAGCACAGACCCAGCAGAACCAACAGCAGGUGAUGCGUGCAGGUGGAAAUCAACGACCUCUGACUCCCAGUCAAGGACAGCAGGGUCAGCAGACAGAGCAGCUUGUAGCAGCAGCAGCUGUGAAUUCUGCCUUGGCAUUUGGGCAGAGUCUGGCAGCAGGCGUACCUGGUUAUCCCGUGUUAGCUCCAGCUGCAUAUUAUGACCAGACAGGUGCACUUGUGGUGAAUACAGGUGCUCGUGGCGGCCCUGUUCGACUUAUGGCCCCUGCAUCGGUUAUCAUCAGCCCAUCAGCAGCAGUGGCUGCUGCUGCUGCCUCAGCAGGUGGGGCUAAUGCCGGCCUCGGUGGUGGAGCAAGCGGUGCUUUCCGUGCAUUGAGUUCCCAGCAGGCUCCUGGGCAGCAAGGGAGCGGGGCUUUGGGAGGAAGCUCUUUUUAUGGGAGCGGCUCCCCAAGCUCCUCCUCACAGAGCUCUUCGCUAUUUUCACAAGGCUCUGCUCAGCCAGGAAACACCUCACUUGGAUUCAAUGCCAACCCAUCAUCUUCUCUGGGAGCCACGCUUGGAGCAGCACUCGGGGGUUUUGGCACAGCAGUGGCUAAUUCCAGUUCCAGUGGGUCCCGUCGAGAUUCCCUGACGGGUAGCUCUGAUCUGUACAAGCGCACACCCAGUAGCCUCACCCCUAUUGGCCAUGGGGGCUUUUACAACGGCCUCAGCUUUAGCUCCUCCCCUGGCCCAGUUGGCAUGCCUCUUCCAAACCAAGGCCCCUCCCACUCUCUCACCCCGCCACCCUCGCUCUCGACUCAUGGAUCUUCAAGCAGUCUUAACCUUGGUGGACUGACCAAUGGCAGUGGGCGAUUCAUCUCUGCGGCUCCAGGAGCAGAGGCGAAGUACCGUAGUGCCACCACAGGCUCGUCUCUCUUCAGUCCUAGCAGCCAGCUCUUCCCAUCAUCACGGCUACGCUACGGCAUGUCUGACGUGAUGCCAUCGGGACGCAGCCGUCUGCUUGAGGACUUCAGAAACAACCGUUACCCCAACCUGCAGCUGAGAGAAAUCGCAGGACACGUUAUGGAGUUCUCUCAGGACCAGCAUGGCUCCAGGUUUAUCCAGCUGAAACUGGAGAGAGCAAGUCCUGCAGAACGUCAGUUGGUUUUCAAUGAGAUACUCCAGGCGGCCUACCAACUCAUGGUUGAUGUCUUUGGAAAUUAUGUCAUCCAGAAGUUCUUUGAGUUUGGCAGUCUCGAUCAGAAGUUGGCGCUGGCUGAGCGGAUCCGUGGCCAUGUUUUAUCCCUGGCGCUGCAGAUGUAUGGCUGCAGAGUGAUUCAAAAAGCUCUGGAGUUUAUCCCUUCAGACCAACAAGUCAUUAAUGAGAUGGUUCGGGAGCUUGACGGACAUGUGUUAAAAUGCGUGAAGGAUCAAAAUGGCAAUCAUGUUGUGCAGAAGUGCAUUGAGUGUGUCCAGCCUCAUGCUCUGCAGUUCAUCAUUGAUGCCUUCAAAGGACAGGUGUUUGCUCUGUCCACACACCCAUAUGGUUGUCGGGUGAUCCAGCGUAUUCUGGAGCACUGCCUGCCUGAGCAGACUCUACCGAUACUGGAGGAAAUACAUCAACACACCGAACAGCUGGUCCAGGAUCAGUAUGGGAAUUACGUAAUUCAACACGUGUUGGAGCACGGCCGCGCAGAGGACAAGAGCAAGAUUGUAUCUGAAAUCCGUGGAAAUGUUUUGGGGCUCAGCCAGCAUAAGUUUGCCAGUAAUGUGGUGGAGAAGUGCGUGACCCACUCAUUGCGUGCCGAGAGGGCGAUGCUGAUCGAUGAGGUGUGCAGUAUGGCAGACGGGCCCCACAGUGCCUUAUACACCAUGAUGAAGGACCAGUACGCCAACUAUGUUGUGCAGAAAAUGAUCGAUGUGGCUGAGCCGACACAACGCAAGAUUGUAAUGCACAAGAUCCGGCCCCAUAUUGCGACACUGAGGAAGUACACGUACGGAAAGCACAUUUUGGCCAAGCUGGAGAAGUACUACAUGAAGAAUGGAGUUGACCUCGGGCCACUCUGUGCACCCCCUAAUGGCAUCAUGUAAACCUUUCCCAUAACUCCUUUCGGAUGGCCGUCUGUGCACACGUGCGUGUGAGCGUGUUUGUCCACACCCGACAACGUAGAGGGAGGUUGGGGUGGAAUCACCGAAACCUUCCCCUCAUCACUGAAUCAUCCCCCGGGUUGUUGUGACCUCUUUAUUUUUUUAAAUUUAGUUUUUCCUCUCCCUUUUAGCGUUUCCUCCCGUUUUCACUCUACUACCUAAAUGAUGGUCCUUUUUUGGUCCUGUAUGAAAUGAGAAUAUUUGAUUUAUCCCACGUUCGAUCAUGUAGGCUUGCGCAAACACACUUUAUUGCUUCGCGACAACUUUCUAACGCGCAUAUUCUUUCAUAACACACACGCACAUUAUCGCUAACACUUGAUUGCUAACACGCAGACAUUUAGCAUGGGAGACGUUUUUGGUCUUGCUUCUAUAAACUAUUUAGUGCAUACUUGGUGUAGACCUUUGCAUAUAUAUAUAAAUAUAUAUAUAAAACUUUGUAGUUUUUCUGGUUUUUGAUGUCCAAUCUGUAUCUAUAAUCUUCCCCUGUAGUGAAUACAUACUUCUGAUUGUAUAAUUGUACAUUUGUAAACCUUCGCUAAUGUAAAUGUGGACUCGCUUCUACAGCCCUUUUUUGGUAUGAGGAGAAAAAGAAAAAAACGACAAAAUGGAAAAAAGAAAAAUCUUGUGCAUUUCAGUGUAAAUUCUCACCUCUUUGGUUGUGGUUUCUGAGUUAUGAGUUGUUAUAUAUUGUAAAUUGUAAUAUCAGAUUUUUUUUGUUGGUUUUGAAGCCCUUUGAAUUAUUACUGCAUAGAUGUACAAAGAACAGAGAAAAGUGCGCACUCUGCUUUUAGCCAUUCACCAGCCACCUCUUUUUCACCUCCACUCAUCCCUUUCUUUUUUUAAGAUCUUUUAUAGUCCCUCCCUCGCUCCGGGGCGGGUAGCAGCAAGCGCGUUUGUGUGUAUGUGUGUGACGCGUUCCACCGCCCCGGGUCAGAGUCGGAGGUGUGUACAGAUUUGCCAUUCUUUUGUCUACUUGUAAGUGAUUGUAACAUACUGGCCAUUGGUUUUUGAUUUGGAACACUCUCCGGUGUAUAUUUAAACAGCCUUGUGUAUAUUUCCUAUGAUUCUCUUUAUGCAGGCACACUUGUAACCAUAAUGUGUAUAGGUAACAGAUGCUGUGUGUGCUUUCUGCCUGGGCAACUAUUUUUUGUAACUCCAGUUGUAGAUUGUCUCUAAACAAUGUGUGAUCUUUAUUUUGAAACAAAACAAUGAAAAAAAUUCAAAAUUUCACAA